GUACUUCAGUUCUACGGGAGACUUUGACAUCGAAGGAUAAUCCAGCGAAUCCCGCUCCCUGGGUGACGGUGUGCAUGUGUAUCCGAAUAUUCGCGCGGUUUAUAUCCUCGUCCGAUGGCACGGUUUCGCACAUCGGAAAUCACAUUAAGUGGGUGCACGUGUAAAUAGACAGGAUGAAGACGGAGAUCGGUGCUGCCCCUUUCGGUUGGGCUGUGGUUUGCCGUGAAGCUGACAGAUGAAAGCCAGAAUCUGCCAUGAAUGAUGGUAAUAUGGUUAUGGAAUUGUUGACAUAGAUUUUAUUCCGACGAAAGUGGACCGAUAUCGCCGCUCCGAUCUGCUGAGCCUUCCGACUGGUGAAAUAUGAUUGCGUCGAGGGUAGCGAAAUAAUGUAAAACCCAUAACGAGCAAAAUACCCGUGUCACUUUGACAUAUGUGAAAUGUUCCAUGAAUUGUAGGUGCCAUAUGUGCUCGAGAAAGAAAAAUCGUUAUGCGUGAACCUGUUUUGUAAGCAAACGGACGCAGGACGUAGGACGAUUGGUGCUCAUUAGGGCUCUGUACCUUCGAACGACCCCCAAUGACAAAUGUGGUGGAAAAAGGUUCAGACAUAAAAAAAAGUGAGUAGUGCUAUUUUGUUGGCAUCACGUGCUGAUCCAAGGAUGGAAUCGGCUUAGCGGAAAGCCACUACGGGGCUCCUGCACAGGCUAGCUAGCUAGCGGUUUGAGCCAGAAGUUGGCAGUGCAUUUUUCACGCGACCGACCCCGACAAGAAAAGUGUAAUGGGAUGAUAAAAUAUUCAAAAUAACCGCCGCUCAGAGUGAAAUGUUGCACUAAAAAAGUUCAUCCAUUAUACGGAAGAGUUGAGGUUUUUAUGUGUUCUGAAAGUGCAACUUGGCGGCAAAAUAGUGGUCGCACUACAAACACAUUAGAUAGGACAGCCGCAAUCCGGCAGGGAACCCGUUCAAGGAAUAAAAGUUUCACCCUACCAGCACGAGGACUCACCGACUGUACGUGAAUCCUGGUUCCGUCGUUCAGUGCCUCGCUCGUUCUGCGGUGGUGGCGCGACGGUCGAUCUCUGUUAGCCUGAAGAAGACAGUAGGCGAGUAGCAGCAAAAAAAAAACAGGGCGGCAGCAUAAAAGUUUGUUUUGAUUUAUGGUCUUAUUUAUGGCGAAAGUUUUGUGUGUACGACCAGCGCCGCCAGUUGUACGAGGGAUCGAUACUGUGAAGUACCGACCGUCAUCCUAGCCAGGAGGAACACAGGAGAUUUUUGCGGGCCGGCGGAAUGCUGCGAGUUUCUGAGUAACCGUGUGUGUCGGUGUGUGUCUGAUGUAAACGAAUAGUUCCCACGUGGUACAGAAAGGGUUCGGGUGUAAUUACAUUAUUUCAAAGUUCGGUGCUCGGCGCUGGUGCUUCCAAAGCGUCAUGUGUGUGCAGGAGUUUUUGGACGUGGCCAACGGAGGCAGGAUAUUUCGCCGAUUGUAAACCGGAUUUUCGGGCAACGGUGACCCGAACCAACGCCAAGGCCUAGGCGAACUUCGAACGGCCCACCCAGAUGCACCCGCCCGGCGGAACUGGAGCGAACGACUUCAAUCGUACCGACGAAUAGCGCGGCGGCUGGCAGACAGGCAGCAAUAGACAACCGUACCGUACAGUACAGGGACGAAAAAAAGAGGCAACCCACUCUGAACGGAAAAGAAUCGACUAAAGAAGAGAAAAACUCAUACAACACAAACAGAGCUCCCCUGUUUGGACCAGACCAGGAUUGGUGUGGUGGCGGCAGUGGGGUAUAUUUGUUUUGUUUUGGUUUGCUCUUGUCAGAACCAUAUAAACACCUCCAGUGCUCAAAGAGCAUCUGUAUCGGACCACAGGCCACCCACUCGGAUCUCCUUUCGAGCACAGUGGCACUCAACGGAGCAUCGGAACCAUAAAAAGUGCAUUUGAAAAGUAAAGGGGAGUGGGUUGGUAGGAACUUCAGCAGUUACCACUCGCGGGAACCCCGGGGGAAAAACCCUAGCGAAGAUAGACCCCCGUCCGCACGUUCCACUGAUUGUAUUCAAUUUUCGAAACAAUGAAACCAUCAUAGCUGAGCUGAUGCUGUGCGGUGUGCAGUUUUUCACCCCUGUAAGCACACCAAGCGAACCGACCUAGCGUGAGCUUUUCGGAAAACGGGAAGUGCAAGAUUGGUGAAGAAUAGACACAUAAAUAAAUUACGAAACAAAGACGGUGUGCGCCAACGACGGGGGAUUGUUUUGGGAGGAAAAAGUGAAAACAGUGGAAAAUAUGCAGCAUUAGUGAAAGGAGAAUGCUCUGCUGGUCUGCUGUGGUUUGAUGUACACAAAGAGAAAACCGUCGUGGGUGAAGAAGAUUGGCCAUUGUCGUCGUUCGCUCGUCGUCGUUGGGUGAUGAUACUUCGCCACACUGUCUACUACCGCCGGAGCGGCACUGGAGACCUCUUGAACGAGUUUAAGAAUUAAAGCAUUCCGAACACAGCGGUUCGGGUUUGGACCGACCUGCACCCCUCCCCCGUCGAGGUUGGCUGGCAGGCGUCUGAAUGGCAACGAAAGCGACUUCCUCUGCAGCAAUAAAACGAUGAUCGGGCAAUUUAGCAAUCGUAUCGCUACAACAAAAAGGCGGAAGUCAGCAGUUGUCGAAGAGGAAUGGAACCAAUUGGGACCCACGACAACACAACUGCAGAAACAACAACAACAACAACAGUGUCUGCCUAUUGGUAACCGUUACAGUGAAAACGAGCUACUAAUAAUGCUGACGGUCGACUCAACCCGGUGGAGCUGAUUGGUCUCCGUACAGCGUCUUGCCACUGGAAAGGAAGGAAACAUUUUGGAGCAUCAUCGUUCGUCGAACAUUUACCAUUGCUCGCAGUGAAAAGCAUCGAAACAGGUAAUUGGAAAGAAGACAAGGUUUUCACCAGCGUCACAAGCAAAAAUGAAUCAACCGCGACCAUUCCGCAAACCACCGGACGUGGAGGAAGCUCUCUCCUCGAUGCUUUGGACCCCGUACGAUAACAACGCCUCCGAUUCGGACUCAUCACCCGACGAAGAUCAAUGCAUGCCGGCGGAUCCGGCCACAACCCCUGGAAGACACUGCAACAAUAAUUCUCUUCAACCAUCGUCGACAAUGAAACGGAGCUACUCCGAGUGGAAUUACUGUAGCCCGUGUGAUAACAGUUCCUCCAAAGCACCACUUAUCCCAGCAACAGCCAGCGACGGAGCCGGCAAUCGUUACAGCUAUCCUUACUACAGCAUACAUCCUGCUGUCGAUACCGUUGGGGCUGGCUGCUAUUGGAACAGUAAUAAUAUUUACACUGAUGGUUUUCCCGGACCAUCGGCAGCAGCCAACCUCGGCACGACGAUUUUUCCAACGAUGCAGACGGGACCUUUGCUGGACUACGGCAAGCCGAUCCGUUCGAUGGCAUCGUCCAGUGCCGUUCCGAUGUCAUCAUCGCUUCCGUUCAGUUUGCUCAGCAUGGAUUCGAUUCCGGUGGCUGUCGGAGGCACGGUACCAAUCACUGCCACUUACGGCUUCUACGAGACCGAUCUCAUCAACUCCAAUAUAAUGUUUGGCAUCAAUGACACUUUUGUCGAUUACCAGCAGGUUUAUCCCAGCACACCGAUCGCUGGUGGUAGUGCCUACCUGAGGGCCCAACAGUCGCAGAGGCAUUUUUCGUCUAUGUCUUCGUCAUCUUCGUCCUCGGCGGCAUCAGGUUGCAACCUGGUAAACGACAACAAUAACAAUAACAACAACUACUACAGCUAUGACAAUAACGACAACGGCCUAUGCAGAAUUUCCGCAAUACUUAAGCCAGUCAUGCGCAGCAAUAGCGGCAACGUUGGAGACCUACAUUUUUCAAAACAUCAACAACAACAACGGCCACGAUCGGAACAGCAUACUGUAGAGAAUGCAACUGGCUCAAGUUCCACCAACACCAACACGAACACGCAACUGCAGGAUGAACACCACCGUCAUGUUGGAUGCAGUCGGAAUGAACGGACAAAGUGGAACCAGCAAAACAUGGGCCCGUUAAACGGCUACCACCACAGUGACGAUGAAUGUGAGGGUGCUGCCGUGGAAGCAGCUGAUGGUGCCAGGCUUGUUGUUGAUGGUAGGGACUGGCGAACAGCACCAACAUCGACUGCGGUUCCGAUGAAUGGUUCGGAUCGGGCCCCGUUUAGUAGUGUGCGGAUAGUGAACGGAGAAGCAUACGCGUAUAGUGAUCUUGCCGCGCCGGAGCGUCGUUUGUUCGCUGCGACCGACCGACCGACGAUCGAUCGGAUUUUCAGUGCCAGUGACAAUAACAGCCGCAGUGCCAGUGGUAGUUCCAGUAGGGCUUUGGAUAAUCUACGAGAUUUUGGUCGCAGCGUCCGGGAUCGGUUCGUGGAUAUCAUGCGGCUAAACGUGCCAGCGGCACCCGAAGGCAGCCGGACCAGUGUUUACAUUCCGUCCUCGGAUGGGACGACCGUCACAGAUGGUGCAAUCUCUCACGGUGAGGGUGGACCAAGACCUACCCUAACCAUCCAGGUGAAUCGUGUCGAUACUAAUAAUCAGGAGCAGAAUGAUGUUGUAAAUAAUGCGUCCUCCGGGGUAAGCAUCGUGAAUUGCUACCGUGGGGCGCCGAAAAGUGCGGCGGAUCCUAGUGAGGAUCCGGAGUGUACCGUGGUAUCUACCGGCCCGGAUGUCCCGGAGGAAAGUCAAUUCUCACCCAGUGAUGUUAACAGUGCUGAUCUGAAUCCUACAAUUAUCGAUAAAAAUCAUUCUGUAAAUAGCAGUGCAAAUGAAGAGCAAAUGGUUCAUGUUUCUAACACAGUAGUGCAAAGUGAUCCCAAUCUGAUCGAGCAUAGUUAUAAUGUGAAGAAUAGUGCUAAGAAUCAAACUACUUCGUACAAGCAGACGGAUAUCGAUCGCAUCGAACCGGCAGGCAACCGUACCUACAUCUCGACCGAGGCUCAAACCGAAGAUCCUUCGAUGAUCGCCAGCUUCCCCCAUCCGGCCAUCCUCACCGGUGGUAUCCCGCAUCCGCCUUCCCAUCCCUCGCUCAUGCUGGCUACCCCGGUCGGGUCGGAAUUCAGCACCCGGGAACAUCGGCGACGUGAAAGGCGCGAACGUCGCCAGGCGCGCAACCGGAUGCAGCAUGUCCACCCGUUGGACCAACCGCCACCGCCGCCGACGAUGAUUCGGCCACCCCCGAUCGAAAUCAUACCGGAUAUUCUGCACAGCCAUCUGCCCCCGCCGUACACGACGCUACCGUUGGGGGCCACCGUUCUGCCGGCACCGAUGCUGCCGGCCGUUCCGGUGCACCAUCGGGGGGCGGCCGACGACUGUCGGUACUCGUUCCCGAUUCCGAUUAUACGAAGCUCACCCUCGGAACGCUCCCGGAAAGGUUGCUGCGGUCACUGGUUUGCUGGGCCACCACUGCGGGCGCUCAUCGCGGUGGUGGCCCUGGGUGGUGUGGCGUGCGCUCUGGGCGGUGCAGCACUCGGCGCGACCGGACUUGCUGGCUCACCUACCUCACAUUUGACGGCUGCCUUAUUGAUGAUUGGUGUUGGAGUUAUUUUGGUCACCGUGAGUGGAGCGGCCUGGCGAAUGACGGCUCCGGGAGCCCCACCCUGCCUGGGCCUUGGCUCCACCGUGGAUCUGGGCCGCUGCUCGAGGCGACCUUGCGGACGGGGCGGUAGCACACCGCACGGACUGCUGUAUCCGGAGUUCCAGCAUCGACCGCCGCCGCCAUCCUACCAGGCCAGCAUGCAGGAGUACAGGUUAAGGCUUCUUCUACUGGAUAGAGAUCGUCAAUCUGGAAGAAUGCGCAGCACGGCGUCGCCUCCACCCACCUACCGAUCCAACGUCGGGAGUCUCCUGAGAAUCCCGCUCACCACACGGUACAGCAACGGUGCCAGCCAUGUCAACGGUGGACCAGGUGGUGGCACGGUGGCCGGUGCGGGCUGCAGCACUGCCACAAACACCAGCAUUUUCGGUGGCAUAAGUGGGAUCAUCAGCGGUGCCAUGGGUAGCAGUACAAACAGUAUCAAUGCGACAGCUCAAUCAUCACCGCCAAUCAAUGCAGAACCGGGUGGGGCAAACCAAGCGGACCCACUGGUGGCGGUUACCGAACCAGGCGGUGGUAUUCUACCGCCAACCUAUCGCACUAUCGACCGCAGAAACUCAUCGGCAUCGGUGAUAUCUCAGGCCCCAGUAAGCAGCAGCAGCAACGAGCAUCAGGUGCAGAUUCGAAAACCACCACCGCCAUUACCGCCACCACCCUCUGCCACGACGUCAACGGCAACAACAACGAAAACAACAGCAACCACUACGCCACCGGUUACAAAAUCUAUUCGCGGUUCCGGUGCUGGUCUAAUGAAUGACGAUAAUAUCGUAUCGACGCCAGGUCAACCGACCGUGGCGGGACGUACGCCUUCGAUUAUUAAAAUAGAUGACGGUAAAUCAACAACUCGGACGGCAGCAGCCGUGACCGCCGGCGGAGCAGACCCGGUGACGGCGGCGGCGGCCGCAGUGCAACGUAAACAACGAAAAUCAAUUACAAACGAAAUAAUUGAAAGCGACGGUAGUACGGCCGGUGAAAACGCACCCAACAAGGACUUAGUCACAAUUGUUACCAUUUCCGGUACGCUCGAACAACCGAAACCGAAUAAAUCCGUCUACGACUGCGACGAUUCGGCUCCUGCUCCUGUCGUGGGCCUAGUGCCGGGGAUCGGCACCGGAAAGGCAGCGUUAUUAAAUCCAGUAAAAUCACUGGGGAGUGGGGCGGUGGCCCAUCUCUAGCCAGGACCCGUACGCAGUCACAAACCGUACACACGUACACGCACAGAUGUUAUUUUCUAGCAAACAUGCACACAUACAUUGAUGCGAUUGAUGAAGCAACAGCAACGGAAAUAAUAGUAAGGAAAAAAGAGGAAGAUAAAUAAACGCCAUGGAAGUCUAGUUUUGCUACGAAUAUUUUUCGGAAAAUGUUUUGGUUGGCCUACCCGGGUGUUAUGGUGUACGGACGGGAGGUUUGUUUUUUGCUCUCGUCUGGGCUGCUGCCGGAUUUUGUUGCCGAGGAUUAUACACGAUCGUGAUGCGGUGACGAGGACUGAAGCAACAACAAAAAAAACUUGGUUGAGGGAUUCCCGUAAUGGAGAGCUUUUUUGCGGCCAACGUUCCACUCUACUGUACUCUCUGCUGUUAUGAAAUAUGCAGUCCGAGCCGUUCGUUCGCAUGCAUAUCUUGAUGCUCGUUUCAUCAAUAUGUGGGUCAGUAUCUGGCUCGCGGUAAUAUUCUUUUAAAUGUGGGCUUUGCAAAUGAAGUUACUAUUCCCAUAGUUGGGAAAAAUAUUUUAUGGAUUUGGAUGCUGCUUCCCCCGCGAUGCCCACAAUUUACGGUCGUGGUUUUUGUUUUUGUCGUUCAUGUCACUGAUGCACUGAUGUUCCUCCCGUGGUUCAGUCAGUGAAUGAACUUGAUAAAUCAAAACUACUAUCAAAUUCCGGCUAUCAGGAUUCAACCACAUAAUGCUGAUAAACAAACGGUUCUAUGUAGUCCCACGGGGUGGAGAUUUUGAAUUAAAAUUUUAUACUGAUUGUGAAGCAUUUUGUCAUUGGGAAACUACUUCCACAUUGUUUCAGCCGAUCGUACAUACGCUUUUAAUUGUACCAUUUUGACAAUAAGGGAUCGGAGAAUUUAUUAAGUUUCUCUUAGCUUUACAUUACGAUAGAAUAUGUGUACAUCGGGUAGAAGAGCAAUGAUUUUUCUUAUUUGUAGAACAGGCCCAGUUUUCACUUUAAAUUUGCAGGCUUUCCACUUACCUGCUGCGCUCCUCGACUUCUUGUACCAACCGGAUUCCCAAAGACAACAGAGGACAACAGGAUCCUUGUGGCUUCGAAUCAUGGGUAGAAGUCGUUUUUGUUCAUUUGUCGCUGUUCAUUGAAGCAGUUGUGAUGAAGGGUUUCGAAAUCUUACCGCAGCUACAAAUUGCUUUCCAGACCAUAGCUUUCCUACCAAAUUUUUCGACUUCAAUCAAUGUCUUGGACUGGAUUAACACUUGCCCUUCUCGCACCGUAUAAUAUUGUGGUCCCGGCAAGGAUUUGUAAUCGAGUUUCACGUAGGUUUCGUCGUCCAUUGCAGUUCAAAUUUCUAGCAAGAAUCGUAUUGUGCAGCUUUCGAACCCUCGGCCUGAUCGAUGCUUCUUGUUUCGGACUACGUUUUGGUUUUGGCUUCUUACAGAUUCGAAGAUUCAAACGUGCUUUAGCACGAAGAACAUUUUACUUCGAAGUGCCCACUUUCUUGGCCACAUCCCGAACUGAAACCUCCUUCUUUUGCUCGAACGCCUUCAGUAUACGUUUAUCCAACUGAGGGUUAGCAGGACCUUUUUUUCGACCCGUUUUCGGUUUAUCCUCAAAGGUGUUAUCCUCGCCGAACUUCCUGAUUGCAUUUCGCACGGCUUUUUCACUUACUCCUUCCAUUUUUGUUAUCUUUCUCAGUGACAGUCCGCGUUCUGUGCACCAUUUGUACACAAUUUUUCAACGUUGUUCUGCUGAAAGUCCACGCAUUUCGAAACAAACUAAUGAAAACGAAUAAACAACUGCACAGUCUUUACUUACCCUCUUUAAAAAAAAGUUCAACGGUGGUCUUUCGUUGGUCCAUUCAACGUCCAAUUAAUCGUUCAACGGGAAGCCAACACGAGACCUUCGUUUGCCGAUAUUGAAACAGACCGUUGAAUCGGGCGCCGUUUCUUUCGUUCAACAAACUCGGCAGACAGAGGUCCAUUGUUGAGCCAUUUUCAAUAUGAGAAGUUGGAGCUCCGUUGGACUAGUUUUAUUGGAGAAUUUUGGAAGUUUUUAUCCAUUUAUUGUUUAAAUGAACAACACAUAUCUGUAGAAUACCUCAGCUUUAUGUAGAAUAACAACAAAUUUUCUUUCUAUAUGAAGAUAACCCCAAAUUUCCACACUAUUUUUGUUGGAGUAAAAACAACAACAAGCCCUUCCUGCUAACUGAACGAUUAUUUCGUGCAAUAUGUCGUUCAACAAGCGUUCAACCAAAGAUAAACUCAAGAUUACAAUGUCCCAUACAAUCCAUCGAAAAAUAUCGGACCAGUAAUCGUGAACCAGUGAACUUUGUAAUAGUGUAAUUUUGUUGACCCUUCGUUAAUAAGCGUCGAUAAACAUUUGAAAAUGACGGUAAUAUUCCAUAGCAACAAUACUUGUUUGGAAGGAAGUAAACAUACCGCAUAAAACAUCCAUUCACUUUAAUGCUUCGUAAGAUAAGAAUAUUGCAAAUUGAACAUAUUCUUAGCAAUAAUUCUAAUUGAUUUUUGUUUUCCUGUUGCAAUAUCCACUCGAUAUGCAGCAAAAUACCGCGAUUUCUAUCAUAUUGCAAAUUAAGAUUAAUUCUACAUAAACAAACAUUGUCAUAGUUACGACGCAAGUAGCGAUUCAACGCUUGUUGUUUUGUUUCAAAUAAUAAUUGAAGUACAACUGACGGUGAACCGAAAUCAUCGAGGGGUCCUAUUUGAAUGGUACAUGAGAAAUCAUAGACUAUUCCAUCUUGAGUUUAUCUUUGGUUCAACGAUCAACAAAAUAUAACCGCUUGCUGAGUGGGUAGUUUUCGACGUUUACCAACAGUCCGACAUUUGCUGCCUCCGGUUUCAGGCGGAUGUACUGCUUUGUCACCGUUCCAAAUGGUCUAGAGAUAAUAUCCAGAUCAUCCGCAAAGCAGACAAAUUGACUGGAUUUGACGAAAAUUGUACUCCAACAGGCGAACACGGUUCGUCGCAUUAUACUUUCCAGGGCGGUGUAGGCGUCAGAGUCCGUCACCGUGUCGCAGUUCUCGGCAGGAUUCGUAUGAACUAGAUAGUUCACUCGGAACCGUCAUGCGAUAUUGUCGUUUGCCGCGUUGAAGUCGAUGAGUAAGUGAUGCUUUGGAACUCGGUAUAUUUACGGCAUUUCUGGAGAGUUCACCGUAAGAUGAAGAUCUGGUCCGUUAUUGACCGGCCGUCAACAAAACCAACACAAUUUGAGAGUGUUCCACGAAAUCCCUUGGUGACUGUGGAUAAUCUGGGAUAGCCCAUGGUAGUCGUUAUUCAAAUGGAGAUCGCUCGGAGGUUCUCACAUUCCAAAUGAUAGCAGCCAUGAAUCAACCCUGGCUAGCGAUUUAUCCAUGCAUAUGGAGCAGGUCUAACAAACCAGUUGUCGUUUGAUCGGGUCCCGACCCGGAAGGAUUCUUAGUGUUAGUAGGAUCGUAGUACAGGCCAUGCAAUGAUUCUGUAUGCUGUGAAUCGGCUACGAAGUCUGUUGCAACAGAAUGGCCGAAAUCCAUAAAAGAAAUGUAUAACUAAGAAUUUGCUUUGCUAUGAAUGGGGCAGAUGACCUCUUCGUUCCACUCCUCCGGCAGCUGUUCGGUUUGCUAGAUCCUGACUGUCAACCGUUGUGAACAGGUGCCCAACAUUUUUUAACCCAGUUGUUUUGUUGUUUUUGAGCUACAUUUAUUUGCACAUCUACUACAUCACAUUUAAGAUAACACAUAAUCAACAAUAGUACGCCAAGAUACUCGGUUUGUGGCUGCCUGUCUCCAUCCUCGAUCACGCCCAAUACUCGCCAGAUCACGUUCUACCUGGUCCACCCGUCUUGCCCGCUGCGCUCCCCGCCUUCUUGUUCAAAACGGAUUUGUGGCAAACACCAGUUUAGCAGGGCAUUCUUGCAACAUGCCCUGCCCAUCGCAUUCUUCCGGCUUUGGCCACCUUCUGGAUGCUCGGUUCGCCGUAGAGUGCAGCGAGCUCAUGGUACAUUCUUCGCCGCCACACUCCGUUCUCCUGCACACCGCCGAAGAUCGUCCUUAGCACGCGUCGCUCGAAAACUCCAAGUGCUUGCAGGUCCUCCUCGAGCAUGAUCCAUGCUUCGUGUCCGUAGAGGAUCACCGGUCUUUCUAAGCGUUUUGUACAUGGUACAUUUCGUGUGGGGGUGAAUCUUUUUUGACCGCAGAUUCUUUUGGAGCCCGUAGUAGGCACGACUUCCACUGAUGAUGCGUCUUCGUAUUUCACGACUCACAUUGUUGUUACUUCCUAGACGAACCCUGUCGUGCUCGGUUCCGCCUACUAGCAUGUACUUUGUUUUCGACGCAUUCACCACCAGUCCAACCUUUGCUGCUUCGCGUUUCAGGCGUGUGUACAACCCUGCCACCGUUUCAAAGUUUCUCGCGAUAAUGUCCAUGCCAUCCGCAAAGCACACAAAUUGACUGGAUUUCGUUAAAAUCGUACCCCGGCUGUUAAGCCCGCUAGUCGCAUUACUCCUUCCAAUGCGAUGUUGAAUAGUAGGCAUGAGAGUCCGUCACCUUGUCGCAUUCCUCGGCGAGAUCCGAAUGAACUGGAUAGUUCACCCGAGAUCCUUACGCAGUUUUGCACACCGUCCAUCGUCGCUUUGAUCAUUCUAGUCAACUUCCCAGGAAAGCUGUUCUCGUCUAUAAUUUUCCAUAGCUCUAUGCGGUCGACACUAUCGUAUGCUGCCUUGAAGUCGAUGAACAGGUGAUGCGUUGGGACCUGGUAUUCACGGCAUUUUUGGAGGAUUUGCCGCACGGUGAAAAUCUGGUCCGUUGUCGAUCGGCCAUCGACGAAGCCGGCUUGAUAACUUCCCACAAAUUCAUUCGUUUUAGGUGAUAGACAACGGAAGAUGAUCUGGGAUAAUACUUUGUGGGCGGCAUUCAGAAUUGUGAUCGCUCGGAAGUUCUCGCAUUCCGAAUGGUCGCCUUUCUUGUGAAUGGGGCAAAUUACCCCUUCCUUCCACUCCUCCAGUAGCUGUUCGAUUUCCCAGAUCCUGACCAUUAAUCGGUGCAAACACGUGGCCAACUUUUCUGGGCCCAUCUUGAUGAGUUUAGCUGCGAUACCAUCCUUACCAGCUGCUUUGUUGGUUUUGAGCUGGUGCAUCCUUAACUUCCCUCAAUGUGGGAGCUGGAUUAUUUCCGUCUUCUGUGUCGUCCAUCAAUCUUAACGUGCUAGGUGUACUGAUAAAGCAAAGUCCUGGCAUUACAUUCCUUUCGUGGAAUUUGGCCUUUCUGUUUCAACAGACUUCGCAGCCGAUUCAUACCGUACAAAAUCGUUGCAUGGCUAGUGCUACGGUUCUACUGACAUUAAGAAUCCUUCCAGGUCGAGUCUCGAAUAUACGACAACUGGCUAGUGAGACUAGUGUCCUAUGCAUUGAACCGCCAACCCGGGGGUAGCGAUAGUAGUAUUGGAUCCCCUGGAGCGAAGCGAGUGGCUCAAGAGCUAAAUGUCCAAAAGUAGGAGAGAAUGAUGCAACCGUCCAUGGCUAUGCAAGAGACCGAGAAGGAUGCUUUGAGCACCGAUAGCCUUCCACCCUGAAGUAAUACAUAACGGUAGUUCCGGGGGAGUAGUGUUGAAGAUCCAAAGUGUUUUAGUGGGUCGUUCCAAUUAUACAAUGGUAGUCCCACACUCUGAGCGUAAAUGCAUUUCACCUUGUGAAAAAAAUAGUGGUAUUGGAAAAAGGUGCUUACAGGCGGCGAAAUCAAUGAGUCGGAGACUGCUUUCAACCGACAGCUAAUGAGCGCAGAACAUUCCAAUCAUCGUUCUGAAUUCCUCCUUCUUUCCUAUCUGAGCAUUCAGGUCUCCUAUGACGAUCUACACGUCGUAGCUUGGGUAGCGGUCACACUCGCGUUUGAGCUGUGCGUUAAAGGCGUCUUUGUCAUCGUCAGUGCUUCCUUUGUAGAACCUGUGUACGUUGAUUAUGCUAAAACUGAAGAAUCGACCUUUGAUCCUCAACUUGCACGUACUUUAGUCGAUUAGCUACCACCUAACCACGUGCCUCUGCGUGUCACCCACCACAAGGAAAGUUGUUUCUAGUUCGUAUGUAUUUUUUAGUGUUUAGUGCCGCAGCUAUCUAACAUUAGCUAACGUCGGUAUUCGAAACAAGACGAGAGAACCCUUUAAGCGAAACAUAGACAAACUGCACUACCUCUACUAUCAGACAGAACUGGAAGAUUAAGUCUCACUCCUCUUCCAGACGAUCGGUUGUUAUCGGUCAAAAAACAUGUAAAUUUGCGUCUCAAUAGAUGCACAUAAAAAUAGCGUCGAAAUUUAAUUAAAUUUACAUCCAUUAUCAUGCAAAUACUAAAUUAUUGUUACAGUAUUUACAAACAUUAAUCUACAAGUUAAUGGACGUAAUAUUCUGUUAUACCCAAAAAAUAUAAGGCAUGCUUGAAUUCACAUCAUGCGUAAUUUUAAAUUUAAGAGUGUAACCUAGAAUUGAUGAAUUUAGCAAUUACUAACUGCUAUAAGACUUGUUUGCUACAAAAUCUGGACAAAUUGAAUAUGAAAUAAAACAAAUUUGCUGUUAAUUCAACCCAAGAUACAAGAGGUUAGGAAAAAGCCCGGUGGAGUUAGUUUCUGUCGAACUUCCUCUCCAACAGGCAUAAAACCUCCUCAUCUUUUGAAUCAACAGAUUACAACCAUUCAAAUGAUACAUUUCACUUAAACAUAGUAUUUCUAAACUAACUAAAACUAAAAUUAAUUUGAUAGUAACCCUAGGAACAAUUUCUUGACAGCGUUUCGAAUGAAUUGGAUCAGUGGUUGAACAUUCGGCACAGGCUGACAAAAGGCUCGUUAUACCCAUAAUUAGUUCAAGCAUAGAGGAUUCUAAGAAAAGAAUAGUUUCGAAGAUUACGGCGAUGGAUAUCUAUUUGUAAAAACUGUAAGAGCUCGGAACAGUCUAUUCUUACAUGGAGUAGAUCUGGCACAAAAGUAGCCUUGCGGACAUCGCGACGGACAGAUAACAAAUCGAGAUCAAUCAGUUUGCAUCUGCCAAGGUAACUUGGAAGGUUCCAAGGGUAUCUCCAAGGAAGCCGACGAGAAAGAGCGAAUCGAACAAAUUUUCGACGGGUUACUUCAAUGCAUUGGAUAUCGUUUUGGUAGUACGGUGACCAGAAAACCGAGGCGUAUUCGAGCGUAGAGCGAAGUAGCUUAGAGGCUUUGGAGGUAUUUCACAGACGAUGUACGUUCCAGAACAAUUUGUGAAAUAUUAUAGUCGACUACGGAAUAAAAAAGAGAUGACGGAGAGACGAGCCCCUAUACCGUUCGAUAGGUCGCAACUAGGGGCAGUUAGGUGUAUUCGUCUACUCUGGUAGAACAUGAACAAUUAUGAAAUCUUACCUCAAUCUCAAAUAGCUUACUAGACUGUAGCAUGAGUUGAAGCAUGUCUCGUGUUCAUCCCAGAAAAAUAGAGUACAUCAGAAAUAGUUGAUUAAGAUGUUAAUCUUUGUCUCUGUACAAUUCUCGAAUCUUCUGUGUUAUAGCCGUCGUUAGGUUUCGUACGAUAUUCUCAGAUACGGCAGCAGUGACGAUUUUCCAUCUUCUCUUGAAAUCAUGGAUACAAUUUGCUUUCUUCUUCGCUUCGAAGAAUUUGCGUUUAACUAGAGCCUAGCACUUCUCUUUUUGGGUGAAGUUACCGUAAUUCGAUAGUUUGAUAUAUUGGCUGUUUUGGCACUUAUUUCACCUCUUGUAUUAGGUGUUAAAAAUUAAAAGCUUUAUUGCGAAAAAGUGCUUACAGAUGUAUUAUACAAAGUAUUGUCCGUCGCUAGCGACAACUUUCUCCCAUUUUCCGGCAAUUUUCGGAUCCCGGCUCGGAAAAAGUAGUCCUUUUAUGACGCUAUCCAUGAAGCAAUCCAUUUUUCCGACUCUUCGAAGAAUUGAAAAUGUUGAUCUCCCAGGCCGUGUGCCAUCGAACGGAAUAGGUGCAAGUCAGAAAGGGCGACAUCUGGGGAAUACAGCGGGUGGGGCAAGACUUCCCAUUUCAGCGUUUCCAGGUACUUUUUGACAACUUUUGCAACGUGAGGCCGAGCAUUGUCGUGUUGAAGGAUGACAUUGUCAUGUCGCUCUUGGUAUUGUGGCCGCUUUUCUUUAAGCGCGCAACUAAGGCGUAUCAGUUGCGUUCGAUAGCGAUCUUCUGUGAUGGUUUCACCCGGUUUUAAGAGCUCGUAGUAAAUUACACCGAGCUGAUCCCACCAAAUACAAACCAUAACCUUGGCGCCGUGAAUAUUCGGUUAUGCCUUCGACGAAGUAGCAUGCCCGGGCUUUCCCCAUGUUUUUCUGCGUUUAGGAUUAUCGUUUUGAACCCACUUUUCAUCACCGGUUACAAUUCGGUGUAAAAACCCUUACGAUUUUGUCUUUGAAGCAGUUGCUCACAUACAAAUAGACGGUGCUCGAUGUCCCUCGGUUUCAACUUGUACGGCACCCAGUUUCCUUCUUUCUGAAUCAUGCCCAGGACCUUGAGACGUUUUGAAAUGGCUUGCUGACUCACUCUCAACGAUUCGGCAAGCUCUUCUUGGGUUUGGCACGAAUCUUCAUCAAGCAAUGCUUCUAGUUGUUCAUCUUUGAAGGUUUUUUCUCUCCCAUCACCAUGUUUGUCUUUGACAUCGAUAUCACCAUUUUUAAAACGUUGAAAACACUCCCGACACAUUCUUUUACUCAGAGCAGCAUCACCGUAAGUUUCUAAGAGCAUUCGAUGCGCUUCAGCUUCAUUUUUUUCGAAUUGUAACAGAAAAGUAAAACUUCCAGCAAAUGGUGAGAAUUGAGCACAUAAACAGACAUUUUCGAGCGUGAAUAAUAAGAAAACAAGAACAUCUGUCACUGAAACGGCGAUAACAAUUCGUUAGGCACUGUACACACUCACUUUAAAGGCAUUAUUAUCUAUGUAUUUUGACCAGCCUCAGCCGGUACAGUCACGUAUCGGAAAACGGCGGAAGCAAAGUUGUACACCUGAUAUCACUUUACUAGAUGGAUAAUUUUUUUUUUCAAUCGAAUGUAUCAACUUAGUUUCUUAAUCAGUUGUUAGCUAGGGACUUUAGCUUUCCAUUGAUGUAUAGACGUCCGCAUAAUGUGCACUAAGUCAGAAGUUAUGAGCUUAAAAUAAAAGGGUGCCGGUAACCGAACACCCUCCCCUACCCUUCUAGGACGGAUUUCGCAGUGACAAGAGAUCAAAGCAAACCAAAACAGAGCUGAAGAGUCGUGAGCAACCGCUUUCGCAGUCACUAUUUCACGAACACAUACUUAUUGGUAGUGCCGUAUGAAUCGAAACUUUUAGAUUUUUGACCAUAACCACAUAUGGCCUGCCAAAUCGAAUGCUUCUUCGAGAACUUGGACCACUUUUUCAGCCGAAUAAAAAAAGUCAGAUCCGGAAGCUGUUCAAAGUAUUUGAGCACGGUUUCUUCGUCAAUAAAGGUGCAAAAUUUUCUUACAAAAAAUUGGUGUAGAGCCUCUUAUCACGACUUUUUGAAGUGAAAUUUUGAUGGCCAUCUUUUUCGCUUUGUAUGCCUUCAAUCCUCACCUCUGCCUCACAUUUUGUUAGAAUAAUUUUGACUACCCAACUUUUCAUAUCACUUUACACGCAGAAACAUGAACAUUUUCCUUAAGGGCUGAGGCCAGUAGGUCACGUAAAACCACGUGGCUAGCUGUACGUAUUACAUUUCUCUUCAUGCUCUCUCGUAAACGUGCAAAAUGACUCUCAAUGUGACCGGGUGGCCAAGAAAGUUUUGAUACUUUCGGUUACAAGUUUGAAUACAUCACAUAAAAUUAAAUAAAGCUACCGCUUGUUUGGCAACCUUUUUGAGUCGAUUUUAUUUCUCUCUCAGGUUUCGUUACGCUACCAGGGUACUGGAGUAGAAAAAAAUGGCGCCGCCAUAGAAAUCAACUUAUCUUCACGAAAAUAACAUUCACUUCAUUUUUAUCGCGACAACAUAUAUGUUUUUAUGCACUAAUCGCAUCUAAAUUUUAUUCUCUAGACAUUGUCAGGAUCGAUUUUUGAUCUAUGCUUCUGAAGGCGAGAUAUUCAAUGAAGUUGAAAGACGACGUUUUCAGAUAAGCAAUUCUUUCUUCAGAAAAAAAUGCUUUCCCGACCGCUAAAGUCAAUGAAUCAAUCUGAAAUUUUCACAUAAUAAUCUAAACUAAUUUUCUAAGAGAUUGUUAGUUGGAUUUUUUGAUAUUUGAAAAUCUCAGAAAAUCAGAUUUGAAGCGUGAAAAUAGCCCUCUAAAACGCCCUAAAACACACUGGUCUCAGUCUUUAAUAAUGGCUACCAUCUGUCCAUUUGUCCAUUUAAAGGGAGUAUACUUUUCCAUUUGUUCCACUUUCGACUCUCCGAUCUACAGUCAAGAACUAUUUUAAUGAUUUGCAAACACCAAACACGAUAAAUUGUGUUUUAGUCUUUGUUAAGACGUAGAGCUGUCUUGAGCUAGUUUGAAAUUUGAUCAGUAUCUAACGGGGAAAACAGAUUGGAAAAUUGAUAUGUAAAUGCAAUUAUGUAACGAAAACCGGGGGAGACAGGAAUCGAAACCGUAGCUAAAGGAGGAAAUUGUUUUUUUUUGUUUCGAAAAUUCACGAAAUUUUGCAAAGUUAAUUCCAAAUGACGUUUCUUCGAACUAAUUCGGUUUAUCCAACCCUCGCAUUAGUUCGUAGAUUGGGCUUUAGGUGUAUUCACAAUGUUUAAACCGCUCGACUUAAUACGCUUAUAGUCAAGUGAUUCUCUUCUGAUCAUUCAAUCAAUCACUCGUCCUUGCAACCGAAUCCCGGUAUGUCAACCAGAACAAAUAUAUCAAACAAACAAAUAAAAAAAAUCGAUUAAAAAUAAAUAGAUUAAGUUGUUCGCAUUUUAGGGCGUAAGUUAACCGUAUCGUGGAUUUCUGUAGAGCUGUAUAGAACCUAGCUUUAGGACCACCACAAAAACAAAACAAAUGAAAUAAAAUAUGUGAGUGCAUGUGAUUCCUCCCCAUCCCCUUCCUAUCCUCUUCGCAUUGGAUCGUCGGGAUGGAGGGGGGUGGAGCGAUGUUUGUGGAAACCAAUAAAUCAUCUCCUGCUGAGUGUUCGUGCUAUAUUUACUGCUGUCAAUCGUUGCUUCGCGGUGAUCCGCCGUUUCUAGUGUUGCCAGCCCGCGCGACCGACCGACCGACCGUGCAGUGCAACCAACAAUGCGUGAUCGAGUGUCGUCCGAUGCUGAACCGCUGAGGGAAGGGGAAAAGUUGAAGUUGAGCAGCAGCAGAACAAAAAAAAACAGCGGAAAUAAAACAAAAUCAAACAGAACGAUUCGAGAGUGGAAAUAAAUUAAAUUUUAAUUUAAUAUGUGCCUGAAACAUCAAAUUAAUGUAAAACGCAAAAUCACAAUGUGAAAAACCGCGGUGAUGAUAAGCUGGUGAGCGAACGAGAACGCAGCAGAAAUUAUGAAACCAUAACAUAUGAAUCAGCAAACUGCAAGUGCUAAAGUUUUGAUUAUAGCGUUUUAUUCGUUUUUAAUACCAUUCAACCGCCCCGGGUGGGUGGGGAUAUCAUGAUUUUUUUUGUCUGUUUCAUUCGUUGUUUCGAAAUACAAGUCACCGGUAAUUUGCAGCGUUUCUGAUUUCCCCGCCGAUUGUACUGCAACGAAUAACUUUAAUUUGAUUAAUUUUUGAUUCUAUUUUCAUUCCGCCUGGGCGACACGAAAAAAAGUCAAACACGAACUCGCCACAAUUUUGUAAUUAUUUUUUUCCAUUAGCCGGUUAAGCUGCUGGUAAAACUUUUGUAUUAUUCGAUGCACAAACGCGUUGCAGUGGAUGCUGAUUACGAGAAAAAAAACGCAAAAGUAGUGGCUUUUUGUAGAGAAAAAAACUUGUUAUUUCCAGUAGAACCAUAGAAUAUUAACAAUUAUCAAGACGAAAUACAUCCAAUUCGAAUAUGGCAAACGGUAGUUGAAAGUAAAUAACACUAGCGAGUAGCAUAAGAGGAAAGGGAAAUCUUGGCAUCUCGAUAUCGGCAGACAGUGCAGGAGGAAGUGUUGUAAAUGGAAGAAAGAAAUCUGUAUCAUAAAUGUUUUUAUUUUUUAUUUAACCAAAGAAUGUGAGAGGAAAAAUAAACAAGAGCAGAGUAUUAUCAUAUCGAGAAACUUU